AUGAGUAAUAUUGAGGCGACGAUUAUUUGUAUAGAUAAUAGUGACUACAAUAUGAAUGAGGAUAUUGUCCCUAACCGAUUUAUGUCACAAAUUGACUGCGUAAAUGUCCUAUGCUGCAACAAGACGAGUAUGCAUUACAAAAAUAGCAUAGGUGUGUUAGUUAUGGCAGGUGAUGGGAUAAAAGUAAAAGUUUCAUUAACAAAUGAUAUUGGUCAAUUAUUGUCAUGUAUUCAUGAUAUAAAAAUAGAUGGAUCAUGUGAUAUAAUUAGGAGUUUACUUAUUGCACAGUUAGCUUUAAAACAUAGAGUAGAUAAAAAUUUAGAGCAAAAAAUUAUAAUUUUUAUUGGAAGUCCUAUAGAAGUUAAUGAAAAACAAUUAAUAAACACUGGGAAACAAUUAAAAAAAAAUAAUAUAUCUAUUGAUAUAAUUAGUUAUGGAAAUAUAAAUAAAAAUAGAGAUAAAUUAAAUAAAUUAUUUGAAUCUACAAAUAAUAAUGGAAAUUGUAGAAUUAUAGAAUGUCCUGAGGAUGAAGACAAUUUAAGUAAAUAUGUUUUAAAUAAAAUUUUAAGUAAUAGUAAUUUUAAUAUGAAUAAUUUAGAUGAAGAUGAGCAACUGAUAACUGCAAUGGAAUUAUCUAUGAGUACUGCCAAUAAUGCAAGAGAUGGUACAAACACAUCUUCAAAUAAUAAUACACAAUCGGGAAGUAAUAUAAAUUCACGAAAAAAUCCAAAUGAUUUGCCAACUAUUCAGGAUAUAGAAAACAUGAAAGACAUUGAUAAUGAGUUAAAGGAAGCCUUAUUAUUAUCUUUAAGAGAAUAUAAUGAAAAAAAUAAAACUGAUAAUGAAAGUCAAGGUGAAAAUAUAAAUAAUAAAAUAAAUUCGGAUUUAAAAAAUGGAGAAGAUAUUACAAUAGUUAAUGAAGAAUAUAAAAAUGUUUUUGAUAAUGAAAAAAAUGGUUUACAAAAAAAACAAACGGAAGAAAAAAAAGAAAAUGAAAGUUAUGAAAAAGUUUUUAAAAUAUGUAAAGAUGAAAGUAUAGACGAUGAAAAUAAUAAAUUUCAAGUUAAUCCAAAUAUUUAUGCUAAUGCAGAAAACGGGAAUAACAAAACAAAGGAUAAUAAAAAUGCUUCAUCAAUACAAGAUACAAGUUAUAUCUCUCAAAUAUUAGAAAAAAUCCCAGGAAAUUCAACUAAUCUACUUGAUAAAAAUUCAGAUACAGAAAAAGAAGGUGACAAUAAGGAUUCCAAAUAA